AAUUGAUUUGGAGCAGACGAGAAGCUAGCUGCUAGCUCAUUAGGCUAAUCGUCAGGGCGGUUAGACGCGUUACCGACCGACCGUCCGGUGAAACAUGAACUAUUUAUGGUGAUUAGCUCGGUGAUCGUACAGCCGCAGGCAGCGGGUGAGUUUGGGCGAAAUGGACGCGAACACAGUGAGUCGUUCUCCCCGAGAGGAGCUGGAGGACGGAGAGAUCUGCGACGAUGACACCGAGGAGAGUAUGCCUCUCCGGCGGGGGGAGGGUAACUUUAGGAGGCAUGUCCGCGGUGGUCCUCCACGGGCACGGAAACCUCACCUCCACCCGCACAACGUGCCGCCCCACAUGGGCCACCAGUCCCCGGACUUCCGUCUCCUGAUGCCUUACAACCGAGGCCCUCACGGCCCGUUCCCCCCGAGCCACCGGCAUCAGUGCGGGCCUAGCGGGCCCGAUCGGCCUACGGCUACCUCCACCCCGACGCCUCCGCUGCUGCUACCUAGCCUCGGUCCUCACGGUGACCCGAGCCCGAGGACCAGCUUCUGGGAGCGGAGCCACGGAGCUCUGGGCCGGUUCAGGCAUCGGGCCAUGCCAAACUGUGGACGCGGGGGCUGGAACCGUGGGAACCGGGGAGGAGGUAGAGGUCCCCCCGGUCGUUACGGGCCCGGAGAGAGUCACGGUAACCAGAAGGACUCUCCCUCGAGAAAGCAGAAGCAGAUCUUAAGGAACCAGGGCAGGAAAGUGUCUCACUGUGUUUCUAAACCGGGGACCAGUGUUGACGAGUCCUUCGAGGACCUCCUGUCAAAGUACAAGCAGAUCCAGCUGGAGCUGGAAUGUAUCCGCAAAGAGGAGACCAGGGCCCUGGAGCCCACGCCCCCCCCCACAGCCCGGACCCCUGACAACACUGCCAGUAUUACACAGAGCCACCCCGCUUCUGGACCUCCUACUGGAGCGGAACCUGAACCUGGUGCAGUUCCUGGACCUGAACCUGGAUCUGCUCUUGAAUCUGGACCCGCUUCUGGACCUGGUCCAACAGUGGAGGGCUCGUUGGAGCAGAACAUGGUGGAGGAGAAGAAAGCGUUCCAAGCCUUCAACAUCAAACCUCUCCGUCAGAAGCUUCCUUCUCCUGCUGCUUUGGUGGAGCUGAACAUGAAGUGUGAGGAGCAGGAGAAAGGAGACACCGCUGACCAGGAGGGUGAUGUAGAAGAACAAACUAAACCAGAUAGAGCAGAAUCAGAACAAAUAGCAGAGGAGUCAGAAGACUCGAAGAAGGCGACGAGUCUGUGCUGCAGCGAGGAAAUCAACAAAGAGAAGGAGAAAAACAUGCUGCCAUGUUUGAGUCGCAGAGAAUCGUCGGCCUCCAGUGAGGACUCAGUCAUCUCUCCUGACAAGCCCGUUGGAAAGCUGGAGGAGGAGGAGCUAUCGGAGCUGCAGUUGCGCCUCCUCGCCCUGCAGUCGGCCAGUAAGAAGUGGCAGCAGAAGGAGCAACAGGUGAUGAAGAAGAGCAAAGAGCGGAUAACCAAAGCCGACCUGGAGAAGAGCUCCGGACCUGCCCCCCCCAGCAGGCAGCGGGUCACCACAAGGUCCGCCUCUGCUGCCGCUGCUGCAGAGAGGAACCGGACCCGGUUCCAACCCCCGGACCGGGACAGAACCAAGACUGGGGCCAGACCCGCCGACAGAGACCGAGAGAGGCCCAAAGUUGGUCCUAAACCUGGUCCUAAGUCCCCGGUGGAGAGAGGCCGAGGUCCCGGCAAAGCCCACAUCACCAAGAAGAUGAUCAGUCCAGGCUCGGUGGCGAAGCAGGCCUUCAGGAAGCAGCAGCUGGGGACGUGGAAGCUGCAGCAGCAGAGAGACCAGGAAGAGAGCCGGAGACAGGAAGAAGAAGAGAGACGCAAACGAGAGGACGAGAUACGGAGAAUUCGAGAUCUGUCCAAUCAGGACGAGCAGUACAACCGCUUCAUGAAGCUGGUGGGGUGGAAGGCGAAGACACGCAGCAAAUCCAGAGAUGGCGAACACAGGAAGUCUGCAGGUAAACAAGGUUCAGACGCCUCCGGGAACCUCUACCAGUACGACAACUAUGACGAGGUUGCCAUGGAUACGGACAGUGAGGCGGGUUCACCAGUGGCGUCGCCGAAACACAACCAGCUGAUUUCAGGAGAUCCAGGUUUCACUCCUUAUGUCAACGACUGUCUUCAGUUUGGACUGGCGUUUCUCUCCCCCAUGAUGUCUGCGUUUCCCCCCCCCCCUCCACCUCUCCCCCCCCCACCAGAUGAGCUGGCGCCUCCUCCCAAACCCCCCUUUGCUGAUGAGGAGGAGGAGGAGGAGAUGCUGCUGAGGGAGACCUGUCUGAUGUCCAUGGUCAACAAGAGGGUGUCGUCCACAGAGGAGAAUAGCUCCAGUGGUCCUCCUUCUCCCAUCGCUCCUCCGCUCCUCCUCCAGCAGCCAGUCAGUGGGAACCUGAGCACCGUCAGUCUGAACACCGUCACUCAGGCCAGAAGCAGCAAGUUUAACAGAGGACACCAUGCUGCCAGAGCACCGCUUGUGCUGCCCAGACACAAGUCGGUGGUGAUUUCUCUCGUGGACUCAGACGACAGUGACUCAGACCUGGACGCCUGCAGCUCCAACCAGACUUUUGGAGGACUGGAGUCCAUGAUCAGAGAGGCCCGGAGGACAGUGGAGGCAGCAAAGCCGAAAGCAGCAUCGGGCAGUGAGAAGGAGAACAACCCGGUCAGAACACCUGAGACUCUACCUGAAGACAAGAGGGCCGAGUACCGCCUGCUCAAGGAGGAGAUCGCCAGCAGGGAGAAACAGAAGAUGAUGAAGGACCACAACCCUUGGAGCUCCUCGGCCCCUGUCGUCUCAGACCUUGGGAUGGAGACGUCCGUAAAAGCGGCCGCAGAGCAGAGGGUAAUCGAGGCAGACCAGAGACUCAACAAGCACAGAGAGCUGCUGCAGAGGGACGAGGCCAUCCUGAGACAUCUGCUCCAACAGGAGCUGAAAAAGAGAGACUCUCUGAAAGCCGCUGAGGCCAAAGUGGUGAAGCUUCGAGAGCAGCUGCAGGCCUCUGAGAAGAUAGUUUUCGCCAACAAGACGCUGCUGAAGAAGCUGCAGGAGCAGGUGCAUCGUGUUGAGCAUCGUGUGUCCAUAAAGAAGAGUCAGUCUUCCCGCAUGGAACAGGAGCUGUCACAGGCUCAGCUGACGGCAGGCAGAGGGCCCAAACGCAGGGCGGACUCGACCCAGAGUCAGCCCAGUAAGAUGCAGCGAGUGGACGGACCUCUUCGCGGAUCCGAGCGUCACUUUGCAGAGCUCAUCGCUCAGAAGCAGCGUCUGCAGCAGCUGGAGUCCGAGUACGCUCUGAAGAUCCAGAAGCUGAAGGAGACCCAGGCCCUGUGCAACAGAGGACAGCCAUCAGAGCCCCCGCCACCGGCCUCCACCCCCCUCCAGUCUACGAGCCAGGCUCCGCCUCCUGCCUCCUUUCCCCUGCCACAGCCCUCCCUGCACGACCUGACCCAGGACAAGCUCACCCUGGACAGCGAAGACGUUCCAGAGGCCGACGAGCAGGAAACUGAACCGGCGCCUGCCAAAGUAACCCGCCGAAACUCCCUUCGCCAGUCUAGCUGCUCCUUCACCAAACCCAACCUGGAGCAGCUGAGCUCCACCUCUGCUGUGGACUCUGCUGUGGACUCUGCUGUGGACAGAGCCGGCAGCAGGCCUUCUGCGGAGAUGUUCACAGGGCUGGACUUGGAGGCCUUAAAGCUCGGGUACCAGCAGCAGGCCCGGCUGGGAGAGCUGCUGCAGAAGGAGCUGCAGACGGUGGGCGGUCACGUCCAGGGACCCCCGGCUGCACAGGUGAUCCCAGUGGAGGUGGACUCAUCCAGCAGCCAAUCAGGGAGCUCAGAUCUGAGGCCUGUUCCCUUUGGACCCUAUCACAGUCCCCUACUGGCCUUCAGGUCCUACAGGUUCAGUCCGUACUACAGGACCAAGGAGAAGUUGUCGCUCACCUCUGUCACCUACAGCAACACCAUAGAAGCCAGGAGGAGUUUCUGUCGGUUUGACCUCACCGGAACCUGCAACGAUGACGAGUGCCGAUGGCAGCACAUGAGGAACUGCACUCUGACUGGAAACCAGCUGUUCCAGGACAUCCUGUCCUACAACCUGUCCCUGAUCGGCUGCUCAGAGGUCAGCUCUGACGAAGAUAUCAGUGAUUCCACAGAGAAGUACAUGAAGAAGCUGUUUGGCACAAACAAGGACCGGAUGGGCGUGGACCAGAAGGCCGUCUUGCUUGUCAGCAAAGUGAACGAAAGCAAGCGACACGUCCCUCCUUUCACCACUUGCAAAGACACAAGGACAUGGAGGCCGAGGUCGUCUGCUCACAACGGCUUGGGCCCGGAGGACAACAGCGGAGACGAGUCGUCAGGAGGACAUCCGACCACAGGGAGACACGAUGGCGUCUCUAGAACCAGCCUCUCGGCUCUGGACGCCUGCGUCACAUCGGAGGACAAACGGUAUUUUGUCAGUGAGACGGACGACAUAUCGAACCUGGAGACCAGCGUCCUGGAGAGUCCACGAGACACCCAGCUGUGGAUCAAGUUGGCCUUCAAGUACCUCAACCAGGAUGAGACGUCUGCCGAAGAGUGUUUGGAAGCAGCCCUGAACACAUUGUCUCGAGCUCUGGAGAGUAACUGCGAGAACCCAGAGGUGUGGAGCCAUUACCUGUCCUUGUUCUCGAGGCGAGGCAGCAGGGAGGAGGUCCAGGAGAUGUGUGAGAUGGCCGUAGAACACGCUCCAGACUACAAAGUGUGGUGGAACUACCUGAAGCUGGAGGUUUCGUUUGAGGGGAAGGACUACGUUUGUGACCGACUGCUUCAGUUUCUGGUGUCUGAAGCGUCUUCUGCGGUCACAGACAGACUGUCCUUCCAGCUGAUGGAGGCGCUGCUCUACAGAGUCCAGCUCAACCUGUUCACGGGGCGCAUGGAGAGUGCAUUGGCUAUCCUCCAGGGCGCCCUGAAAUCGGCCCACAACAGGAGCAUCGCUGAGCACCUGACGGCCGGCGACCGAGCGCUGCUGUGGCUCUCCUACAUCCACCUGACGGAGUUUGACCGGCUGCCAGCCGGCCUGCUGGACCCGGUGGAGUCCGGUCCGUCCCGACUGGUGAGCAGAGAGUCCUUCUUGCUGCCCUGGAGGACACCGCAAGACGUCAGCUCACCACUCCACAUCCUGGUGGCUUUGUUCAGAGAUGCCGUCCAUCAGUGCUCUGAUGAGUCUCUGCCUCCGAGUCAGAGGACGCUGGCCUGCCUUCCUCUUCACAACAACCUCCUCUUCCUCUACAAACUGCUGGACAGGCUGGAUGAGGGCGUGGCUCUUUGCAAGUCUCUGCUGGAGCUCCGCCCCGAGUCCUGCUCUCUGAGGGAGGCUCUGGCCGACCUCCACAUCAGGAAGGGAUGCGCAGACCAGGCGGUCAGCAUGUGGCUUCACGCUCUGGCCGAGUGUCCCAACAACGCAGAGGUUUUCUACCACUCCUGCAAGUUCCUCGUUGCUCAGGAGAAGUCCAGUGCCAUCGCUCCUCUGUUUCGAGGGUUCAUCCUGUCGCUAUGUGAAGACCAGCAGAGUGAGAAGAAGCCGGUGGAGGUUCUGAGACACAUCCUUGGUUUCCCCACUGAGGAGCUGCUGAGAGGUCUCAUUAUCAAGGAGCUUCAGGAGCAGCUCAGUCAACAGAUGCCCUACCUCCACCUCAUCCACUGUCGCUGGCAGUGGCUUCACGGCUCUGUGGAGGACACGGUGGACGCCUUUGAGAGAGGACUGGGGACAGCUAUGCAGCUGGAUGAGCUCCACAAGCUGUGGAUGGAUUACCUGGUGUUCAGCAGCAGUCAGCAGACCCGAUGUCAGUCCAAACUGUUCUCAGAUCUGGUCCACCGGUGUCUGAGCACCGUCCCGUCUCGACUAGAGGUUCCCUUCAACCCAGCAGAGUUCUGGAGCUGCUACAGCUUCCACAACAAGGUGGUAACUCUCUACCUGAGCUGUCUGCCUCAGUCCCAGCAUGCUCUUGUCCUGGAGAGACUAAGAUACGCUAUGCCUAACAACACCGAGCUGGGCCUCAGGUUGCUGCAUCAGGAGUGGAAGGAUGGAAACAUUGAGCACCUCAAGUUCCAGGUCCAGAUGUUAAGUAGCCAGGCUCCAAAGUGUCUGGCCUACUGGGAGAUACUCAUAGCGGUGGCGACGGAGCUCAAGGAGCCAUCUGAGGUCCGACACCUGUAUCAGCAGGCUCUCCACCACCUCCCUCUGUGUGCGGCCCUGUGGAAACAAUCGCUUGCUGUUUGAAGCAGCAGAAGGAGGCAGCGCGGACCGGCUGAGGAGGCUCCUGCUCAGGUGUCAGCAGGUGGGCGUGAGUCUCAGUGAGCGGCUCAGCUUAGCAGUGUCUCCCCAGCAGACCUAGGAUCAGUGACACUCAGACUCAGACUUAGUAGAACAGUGAAUAACUCAGUGAGAGCAGAUAGACCAGUCGAGGUAAGACCGACAUCCCCCCCCGCCCCCCUCACCUGGAGCUGCUUGUAUGACAACAUGUACGUAAGUAUGGAGCUGCUGAGUGACUGUUUGUUCAUGUUCUCUCGUUUCUGUUCCCUUUCAUUUGGAUCCAUCUCCUGUUUGAUUUUACCUGCGUUUGUGGAGAGGGGGUGGGGGUGUUAAAAGAUGUUUGCCCUCCUGUACAUCAGCACGUUGUCUUUUCUUUGUCUCCCGAAGAAACAAUAUAAAUUGUAAAAGUCAAACUAAA